GCCUAGAGCGCUCUGAUGGACAGGAAGCUGCACCUCUCAGAGGACAUCAGUGGGAAGUCGUUAGCCGGACCCAGUAGGGGCGUGCUGGAAGGUUUGACGAGCAGCGAAAAGAGCCUAUCAGAGCCCGGCCCAGCAUGGCGGCGCCCAGCGAGUAGGGAGCCGGCGAUGGCAGGCCAGGGGGUCUGGCUGCGAGCCCGGGAGCGGCUGCGGCGCUUCCCCGAGCUGCUGGCGGGAUGUCGGGACCAGGCAGCGGCCUACGGCAGGUGUGUAGCUGCGACGACAAAGGACCAUGCCGAGCUGCGGAAGGAUGUGUGCAGGAAGGAGUUUGAGGCCCUGAAGCAGUGCUUCACACAGGCAGCAAAGACGACAAUGAAGUGAAGGCAUUGGUAACAAUGCAGGGGACUGGAAUCUAGAUUUACAGUCCUGACUGGUGUCUGUCCAGCUGUAAUCAGAUAGUUCCAGGACAGAAGAAUUUGCAUAAUCUAUAAUUAAAUCAGAAGGAAAUGGGAGCCUAAAAAUGGAACACUCAGUUCUAUUUCAUGCAACCUCCUCCCCCAGCUGUUUCAAACAAUGUAUGGUAAUAAAUGUUUGGAAACUUUUUAAAUAAAACUCCAAAAUCC